UUGUCAUAAAAUAAAAAAAAACUUGCCGGGGUCUUGGCAACGAAACACCUGCAAAUUUAUCUUGUUAUAAACAAAGUAUACUGCGUAAUAGUUAUUUUUGUUCAUUAUCGUUACCGGCCAUAAUCAGUCUGUAUUGUUCGCUACACAACGCACCUAAAGAUGUCGACGAAAGAUUUUAACAUCUCGCGAGACGAGUUCCGAAACAUAACCCGUUGUUUGGACAACAAGGAGUUCCGUGGCCUGUUCAUGGAGUACUGCAACGAGCUGCGAGAUAAUAAGCAACAGUAUGAAGAUGAACUGUCCAUGCUGGAAGCGCAACGAGGAUACGAUGUAAAGUUUCUGAAGCCGUCGCCGGGUUACGUAAUCAAAACAAUUGUUGACGGCAAGCAGAAAGGAUUCAUUAACGUGUGUCAGUCCGAUCUGGUGCAGAAACCUACCAGCACUUCCGGCGUAAACGAGGACGGCACGAAGGGUCUCAAAUGGAGCAUCCCGUACGCUCAAACACAGCCGAGAAGAGAUUACGACAACAAGCAGGUUGAGUGUGCCGUGUACGAUGUUGUGUUCCAUCCGGAUUCGUUACAUUUGGCUUCUAAGAAUGGGGGCUUCCGCAAGCUGCUCAACGAUACAUCACUCGACGCCGUGGAGAAUGCGUUCAAAGUGAGGUUGGAUCGGGCCAAUCUUCGUUUCCCUAAGCUACAGUACAAAGGUACCCCAAGUUCCUCGGUAGUUCGUGAAAAAAUGCCCCAUUGCGAUAGUUUGCCGAAGGACGAACUGUUCGACAAAUUGCUUCCGCCACUCCCAAAUGCACCAAACUCGAAGGGAGAUUCCAAUCUUUCUGAAAACAUAAUCCCUAAAUCGCACAACGAGCGUACAGAGAAGACCAAAAACAAGGAAAACAUCGAUCGAACGCCGGUAAUUGGUACGGGCAACCCGUUUUACGCUACACCAACGUACAAAAUCAUCCAGUGUCGUGAUGUCGAGUAUGAAGAGAUGACAAACGAGCUCGAUGCUAAAAUCGAUGUAACAAUUCCACGCGAGCUCAAGGUGAUCAUCACGCUGCCAUUGCUAAAGUCGGCAUCCGAGUGUGCGCUGGAUGUAACUAAGACAAUGUUGUUUCUGGUGAGUGAAAAGCCAGCCAAAUACAAACUAGAGCUAAAGCUGCCUUACGAGGUAAAGGAGAACGAAGGAAAGGCCGCAUUCAACAUCGACGAGCGAUCGCUCAUAGUGACGCUACCCGUACUGCGGAAACGAAACAUAACGCUGCAGGACAUUAACAGUGUUAACGCUGCGGCAACGCACACGAAAGAGUCGGGAAAGCUGAUCGAAGAAAUCAAUACCAUUCCAGCGGCUAGUGUUGAUUCCCGAAUAGGCAAGAUUACAGCAGUACCAUCCGUGAUGGAAUCGUCAAAGAAAACGGUAUUUCCCAAAUUUUCUGUCAACAAGAUGGAGAACUUGCUCGCGUUCACGCUCAACGUACGCAAUGUGGACCCGAGCACGAUUCAGUUGGACAACCGGACCGAUUCGGUGUACUGUCGAUUCUCGAACCUAGGUAAUGGAUACUUCCCCUGCUUUUAUGUGUUCUUUGUGCGCUUCCCCAACGCACAGGUAACUGAAGUUCAGCACGAAGAAUGGGAUAACAAUCUGAUCAUUCAGAUCACUCUCAACACGUCGAACGUGUCAUCCUAUCAUGCUGGUCCGGGAGAACACGAAACCGUGGAGUACUCGAUUAUGGAAGACAUAACAGAUAAAAUCAAUAAAUUCGGGAAGGAAAUCGAAGACGACAGCUUGUGUAUAGCAGUGGUGCGUCAAGCAAAGGCCUCUGCGAAGGUAAAAUCGGAUGGACUGAUGAGUAUCGAGAUUACCAAGCGGGAGGACACUGACCAAACGUUCCACGAGGGGAUGAAUGAAGUCGAAACGGAAAAGGAGGAAGAUAAAUCUUCCAUGCCUGAAGCCUUCUCGGCCACGUCUGCUGAGGAGUGCGAUGAGAAGGAUGGUUCUGAGGCGGAGAAGGCCAGAACAAUGCUAAAAGCGAAAAGAAACUCGCGCAAGAAGAAGAAGCAACGAUCGCUGUCGGAUUCGUUCUGCGAUAAUUUGAAGGUAAUAGUGGAGAAUGAAGCCAGCACGGGAAGUUUCGAGCAGCCGAUGGUUGGAUCGAAAACAGGAAACCCAACGCCAUCGGGUACAGCAAUUGAUACGCCCGAAACGAAGGCGAGAAAAGCUCGCAGCGUGUCCGAGUGUUGUCCGUUGAAGGAAUCGGACGGUGCAGAAGAUGAAGUACCCACGAUACCAGUGCUCACGCGAAAGUACAAGAGCAUCCUGAAGCGCAGCUCGUACGAUCGUAGCAUCAGCGAGUGUUCGUCCGUGGACGAUUUGGGUACAUCGGUCGAGAUGGCACGAUCGAUUGGAGAGUCGGAGUGUCGUAAGACGGUACGAUUCAAUAGCUCCAUUCGGAAGCAACUGUUUAGAUCGAACUCUUGCAUUCUUACCAUGAAGAAGAAAGCUCAAAAACGUAGGGAAGUGAAACGUCGUGCAGAUGCUCGGCGUAUGAGCGAAGGGGAAAGCACUGAUAACGAUGAAAAAGAAGCGCAACAUCACGAUGAUGAGCAUUGUUCGAGCAGCGAUCAGCACGACGAGAAGGAUGCGAUGGAGGACGAUAGUGGCGUUUCGUUCGAUUCGGAAUCGGGAGACAAGGAAGCUGUAGCCGGCAAGGAGGCUAGCAUGCACGGUGGUCGUGGAAAAGCCGCCUCGAAACGGAAAAACAACAACAAGGGCACUAAGUCAGCUGGUUCGAAGUCAAACGGUGGUAAGAAGCAAGGUAUGGAUGCUAAGAACAUUGAAUUCAAAAGUGAUAUGAUUUUCGAUAUCGAAAUUUAAAGCUCUAGUGGAUAGCGCAAGAAGGGCCGAUCGGCACCCUCUAGUACACAUUAUCCCACUUUACUUAUUGUGUUAUUCUUUAAAUUGGCACGUCUCAACGUUGAAGUAGACUGGUAAUACAUACUUAGAUUAGAAUGAUUUUGAAUAAACAAGCCAAUAUAUUGCACAGUUA